AUGCACUUGCCGUGGAGAAGCAGCAAAAUAGGAGGCCAGUGGUCAAAGGUAAAAAUAGUCAGCCAGUUGGCCCUUAAGAAUCCCUUCCUGCAUAUUAGCCACCGUGGAACAAUUCUAGCUAAUGUGUCAAGUGUUUCAGAUGUGGUGAUCAAGGACAUAGGGCGACUGAUUGCAGGAAGUUGGCUAUAUGAUCGUAGUGUUAUUCAUGAUGGACGAAAGAAUAAAUAUUCCCUUCGCAUUAGAGGGAAGAAGAUCGUGUUGGCACCUCGUAGGGAAGAAACUAUCCAUGCCCCAAUAGUUAAUAAUACCAACCUCUUUUCCAUGUCUAGGUUCCUAGUUGAGAUUGGGCACGAAGAUGUAGCCUAUGCUCUACUAUCUCGUGAGAACAGAGCAGUGAAUGAGGAUUUAGACUUACCAGCAAAAGUGCAGCAGCUACUAACGGAGUUCUUUGACCUGAUGCUAGAAGAUCUUCCUCCGAGGUCGAGUUUGCCUAAUCGACUAGCAUAUCACCUCAACCCCAAGAGAGCUGAAGUGUUACAUCGACAGGUGGUGGAAUUGUUGGAGAGGGGCUACAUUCGUGACAAUAUGAGUCCAUGUAUAGUUCUUGCUCUACUAGUUCUGAAGAAAGAUGGAUCUUGGAGAAUGUGUAGACAACAGAGCAAUCAACAAUAUUAUAGUGAAGUCUUCUCAAAAAUUGACCUUAAAAGUGAAUAUCACCAAAUCAGAGUAAGGCUUGGAGAUGAAUGGAAGACGACGUUCAAGGCGCAGCAUAGAUUGUACGAGUGGAUGGUCAUGCCGUUUGGACUAUCCAAUGCACCCAGCCCUUUUAUUAUGGCCUUUCAUGGGGAAGUUUGUAGUAGUACACAUAGAGGAAGGUACAUUCUCAAUGGCUUUCAAAGGUUACUGAUGAUUGAGGCAGGUUGA